AUGGCGUCCCCCGCUAUCAAGAAAGCCAUCACCGAGGCCGCAGCGCAGUAUGUCAAGCCGGAGGGAAAGGUCUUCCAGUAUGGUACUGCGGGGUUCCGCAUGAAGGCGGACGUCCUCAACACAGUGGUCUUUGCCGUGGGCUUGCUCGCUGGUCUUCGCUCCAAGAAGCUCAGUGGACAAUGGAUUGGUGUUAUGAUUACUGCCAGUCACAACCCUGCGGAGGACAAUGGUGUCAAGUUGGUUGACCCCAUGGCUGAAUGGGAAACCUAUGCGACAAAGCUUGCCAAUGCUCCGCUAGACAAAAUCGCAGAUGUUUACGAAGAACUCGUCAAGGAGAUUGAUAUCAGCAUGGAAAACCCGGCUCGUGUUGUUUUUGCCCGGGAUACUCGUGCCUCUGGUUCUCGUCUUGCCGGUGUUCUUAACGCUGCGCUCACCGCUACCGAGGUUAACUUCUCUGACCUGAAAUUCAUGACCACCCCCCAGCUUCAUUAUGUUGUCCGCUGCAAGAACACCCUGGGAACGCAGUAUGAGUACGGUGAACCCACAGAGCAAGGAUACUAUGAGAAGCUCGCCAAGGCUUUCAAGGGAGUUAUGCGGGGCCUCAAGGUUAAGGGCUCUUUGACCGUUGAUUGCGCAAAUGGUGUUGGCGGACCUAAGCUGAGAGAGCUUCUUAAGUACCUUCCUGGCCCGGAGGAGGGUGGUAUCGAUAUCAAAGUUAUCAACGACGAUGUGAUCAAUCCGGAUAGCCUCAACUUCGAUUGCGGUGCCGACUAUGUCAAGACCAAGCAGCGCGCUCCCCCCUCGUCCAAGGCUGCUGCUCUUGACCGUUGUGCCUCCUUGGACGGCGAUGCCGAUCGUCUUGUCUACUAUUUCGUCGACGAGAGCAAUGUUUUCCGUCUUCUUGAUGGCGACCGUAUUGCCACUCUUGCCGCUGCCUUCAUUGGCGACCUUACCAAGAAUGCCGGCAUUGCGCAGCAUCUCAAGAUCGGCAUCAUCCAGACCGCGUAUGCCAAUGGAGCUAGUACAGAGUACAUUGAAAAAGUGCUCAAGCUUCCCUCCGUCUGCACUAACACUGGCGUGAAGCACCUUCACCACGCUGCCCUGCGUUACGAUGUUGGUGUCUACUUCGAAGCCAACGGUCACGGCACUAUCACUUUCUCUGAAAAUGCCCUGAAGAUUAUCAAGAGCACCGAGCCCCAGUCCCCCGCUCAACAACGUGCUCUUGAGUGCCUCCAGGGUCUCACCGAUCUGAUCAACCAAGCAGUUGGCGAUGCUAUCUCCGACAUGCUCCUCGUUGAAGCGAUCCUUGCUCACAAGGGCUGGACCCCCAAGGAGUGGCUUUGCACCUACACUGACCUCCCCUCCCGACUGGUCCGCGUGGAGGUUGCUGACCGCUCAAUCUUCAAAGCAUAUGAUGCUGAGCGUAAGCUCGAGUCCCCUGCUGGCCUUCAGCUAAAGAUCGAAUCCCUCCAGUCCCGCUACAACAAGGGAAGAAGCUUUGCCCGCGCAAGUGGCACGGAGGAUGCGGUACGUGUCUACGCUGAGGCUGCCAGCCGCUCCGAGGCUGACGAUCUCGCAACUCGCGUCGCCAACGCUGUCCGUGAUGCCGGCGCCGCCAAAGAGAUCUUGCAAUCUUAG